AUGGCUGCCGACGGCUCAGCCCCUGAACCAGUCGCCAUCGUCGGCGUGUCAUGCCGGCUGCCGGGAGGGGCCAACCAUCCCGACUCGUUCUGGUCACUGCUCUCGCAAGGCACGUCGGCGUGGACUCCGGUGCCGGCAGACCGCUUCAACGAGACGGCGUUCUGGCACCCGAGCGCCGACCACCCAAGCGCCACCAACCACCAGGGCGGGCACUUCAUCACGGGCGACGUGCGCGACUUUGACCAUGCCUUCUUCCACCUGUCGCCGGCACAGGCGGCCGCCAUGGACCCGCAGCAGCGCAUCCUGCUCGAGCUGACCUACGAGGCGCUCGAGGCGGCCGGCUGGCCGCUCGAGCGGGCGCGGGGCACGCGGACGGCCGUGCACGCGGCCAUCUUCACGACCGACUACGACCGGAGCCUCACCAAGGACCUGCUCGACCUGCCCGCGUACUACACCAUCGGCACGGGGAUGGCCAUCCUGGCGAACCGCGUCUCGCACGCGCUGGACCUGCGCGGGCCGUCCGUCACCCUCGACACCGGCUGCUCGGGUGGCCUCGUCGCGCUGCACCAGGCGUGCCUGAGCCUGCGGGACGGCGAGGCCGACGCCGCCGUGGUGGCGGCUGCGAACUUGAGUCUGGCGCCCGACGCCUACGUCGGCAUGAGUAACCUGCACAUGCUCAGCAGCACCGGCCGGUGUUACCCCUUCGACGUCCGCGGCGAGGGCUACGGCCGCGGCGAGGGGUUUGUCGUGAUGGUGCUGAAGCGGCUUCGCGACGCCCUCCGCGACCGCGAUCCGAUCCGCUCCGUGGUCCUAGGGACGGGCGUGAACCAAGACGGCUACACCGCCUCGGGCAUUACUCACCCCAGCCGCUCUGCCCAAGCGGACCUAAUCCGCUCUGUAUAUGCCCGCCUCGGCCUGAGGCCGCACGAUACUGCCUAUGUGGAAGCCCAUGGCACGGGCACAGUAGCGGGCGAUCAGGAAGAGCUAGCCGCCAUCGCCGACGUCUUCACCGGGACGGACCGCUCGCUGCCUUUGUACGUCGGCUCGAACAAGGGGAGCAUCGGCCACACCGAAAGCACGAGCGGCCUCGCCAGCGUCCUGAAGGCCGCUUUGAUCCUCGACCACAAAACGAUCCCGCCCGUGGCCGGCUUCGCCAACCCCAAGCCCGGGCUGCCGCUGGAUGUUAUCCGCAUUCCCACAGAGCAGAUACCGUGGCCACAUGCCGCCGGAGUGACCCCCCGCGUCUCUGUCAACAGCUUCGGUUAUGGCGGCACAAACGCCCAUGCCAUUCUGGAGAGGGGACCGUACUUACAACAACAACAAAAUUCUGCCUCCAGCUUGGCGCCUUCGCCCCGGCUCUUCAUCCUCUCGGCCAACAGCCGUGCAUCUCUCACGGCCAUGAUCCAGAGCCAUCGCGACUGGGUUGAGCAGCGCGACGAGGUCCCGCUCGCGGACCUGUCCUACACGCUGUGCCAGCGGCGCUCCCUGUUACCCUGGCGAUUCAGCUGCGUGGCUCAGGAUAGAGAUUCACUUCUGGAGGCGCUGGGUCAGGGUCUUGCCUCGCCUCCAAAAGAGCGCGUCCCGGCAAAACCGGACGUCCUGUUCAUCUUCACGGGACAGGGCGCCCAGUGGGCCGGCAUGGGCCGCGAGCUCCUCCAGGCGGCCACUCCGUCGCCCGUGUUCCGCGACUCCAUCCGCGCCUCGCGCGACAUGCUCCACUCGCUCGGAGCCGCGUGGGACCUGGAAGUUGAGCUGCUGCGGGAGGACAGCGACAAGAUCAACGAGGCGCAGAUCGCGCAGCCGGCGACCACGGCGGUGCAGAUCGCUCUCGCGGCGCUGCUGCGCGCGCUCGGCGUCCGCCCGUCGGCCGUCGUCGGCCACUCCAGUGGCGAGAUCGCCGCCGCGUACACGGCGGGCCGGCUGUCGCACCGCGCCGCCUUGCGCGUGGCCUUCCACCGCGGCUUCGUGGCCGACGUGUGCAAGACGCGCGGCCUGCCGCGUGGUGCGAUGCUGGCCGUCGGGCUGGGCCCGCAGGACGCCGAGCCGCAUCUCCGUGACUUGACCCGGGGAGAGGCGAGGAUAGCUUGUAUCAACAGCCCCAGCAGCGUGACGAUUUCGGGCGACGCGGACGCUGUUGAUGAGGUGGCCGCGCGCAUCGCCGCCCGCGGAGAUGGCACCUUCUGCCGCAAGCUGCGUGUCGACACGGCGUACCACAGCCAUCACAUGCGCGCCGUGGCGGACGAGUACCGCGAGCGGCUGGGCGACAUGGACGUAGAGGCGCCGCCGAGCACCGGCGACCAGGGCAACAUCGCCUUCAUCUCCUCCGUCACCGGUCUCCCCUGGUCGGACGAACUCGACAGCUCGUACUGGGUCAAUAACCUUGUGUCGCCGGUGCGCUUUUCCGACGCCGUGCAGACGCUGGCGCGCAGACACCACGACCACGGCGGGGGGCAUGCGUUCUUCGUCGAAGUCGGGCCGCAUUCCGCCCUGGCCGGGCCGGUCCGCCAAUGCCUGGCCGCGCAAGACGUGCCGAGCUUCGAGUACGAGUACCGGUCGGCGCUGCAGCGCAAGGUGAGCGCCGUCUCCAGCGCGCUGGCCCUCACAGGAUCCCUCGUCGAGCGCGGCAUCGAGGUGAACCUGGAGGCCGCCGCCGCGUUAGCCCCGGGGUUGGUCACCGCUGCCGUGCUACCGGACCUGCCGGCGUAUGCCUGGGACCACUCGACAAAGCACUGGCACGAGUCGCGCCUGAGCCGCGAGCACCGCCUCCGCGCGGAACCAUACCACGACCUGCUCGGCGUGCGCAUCACCGACUCGACGUCGCUCGAGCCGCGCUGGCGGCAUCUGUUCGGCCUGUCCACGCUGCCGUGGCUCGCGGACCAUGUUGUGGACGGGCUGGUCGUCUUUCCCGGCGCGGGCUAUCUCUGCAUGGCUGCCGAGGCCGUGGCGCAGCUCGCGCGCGAGCAAGCUCCGCAGCGUGAGCUCGAGCUUGUCGUCUUCCGCGACGUGUCCUUCGUUCGCGCCCUCGUUGUGCCGGACGCACCGCAGCGUGUGGAAGCACAGCUGACUUUGAAGAGCCAGCCAGACGCACCGUUCCACUUCACUUUCUCCGUGACGGCGCUUUCCGACGGCCAAUGGCACGAAUACUGCACCGGCGUUGUCCAGGGGCUGCUGGCCGCUGAUAAGGCCGACGCCGGUCCGCAUGGCAUGAAGGACGCGGGCAUCAAGAUGUCAGCUCCGUCUGCCGAGGAGCUUGGGGCGGACGCCACAACUAGCCAAGGCAAAGAAAUUUACCUCGAGAUGGCGGCCGCUGGAAACAAAUAUGGACCUACGUUCGCGGGCAUACGCUCGCUCACGGUGAAGGCGGACGGCUCGAAGGUGAACGCCCUGGUCGAGGUCCCCGACAUUGCAGCCACCAUGCCAGCACGGCAUCAGGCACCUCACUUCAUCCACCCUGCGACCCUUGACGUCGUGUUGCACACAGCUCUCCCAGCGGUUUGGCGUCGCCUUGGCACCGGCUCCGUCAUGCCCGUCCGGAUAGGCGAGCUACUGGUGUCAACCACCAAAGACGCACACGCGCUCCACACGCCCGGCGCCGAAGUCCAAGUCUCGGCGCAGCUGACCUCUGAGCAAUUCCGCACGGUCUGGAGCGAUGCAUCCGUCCUAACGGCAGAGGGCGGCCUGGUCUUAGCCGGUUCCGCUAUCGAGCUGCGAAGCAUGGCCGCGCAACCGGCUCGGCCAGAUGGCGCGGCCGACUCGGAGGGUAUCUGCUACGAGCUGGAGUGGCAGCCUGAUAUCGAUUACCUCCGCGCAGAGGAUCUCCCGCAGAACCCGAUUCUUGCAGACUUGGUUGGCCACAUCUGCUUUAAAAGGGCGAAUCUAUCGGUGCUCGAGCUAGGUGGCGGCAGUGGUGAUCUGGCACUCGAAUUCCUGGGCGCCAUCAACGACCACGACGGCACCCUGGCGACAUACGACUUUACCGACACCACAUCCGGCCUCUUUGAAGAGGCGCGCAAGCGGCUGGUCGGCCACCCUCAGGUACACUCUCGUGCCCUGGACCCCAAGGACGACGCGGCCUCGCAGGGUUUCGCGGAGCAUUCGUACGACGUGGUUCUCGCCUCGGACGUCGGUGCCCUUCCCGCCCAGGUGACGGCUCUCGCGAAGACGGGCGGGCUGCUGGUGCUGGUGCUCCCGCCCGGUGCAGAUCCUGGCUGGCGCGCUGCCCUGCAGCGGACCUGUCCAACCGUGGACGUCCAGUUGACUUUCACAGACGCCGCCGGUGGGCGCCUGGUUGUUGUUGCGCGGUUCGCCCACGCGAAGGCGGAUCUGGCCGGCCAGGUCAAGAUCCUCACGCACUCCUCAUCAGCCUCGGCCGCGCUGCCCUGGGCCGCCGCACUCGAGGCCGGACUGCGCGACAAGGGCGUCAGCACCGGGCCACCGGAUGCAUUGGCGACCGGUGCUCCUCCCGCUGCCGCCGACACGGAUGCGGUUAGCGCUCCCAUCCUGGUGUUAGACGACCAGCCGCAGCCGAUCCUCGACGACCCGCAGUGCUUCGAUGCCGCGGUCGCCUUGCUGAGGCGGCCAGGCGCAAUGGUCUGGCUCAGCCCGGACAGCCCGCUGCCGAUGCACAAGAUCACGGGUGUCGCGCGGACCGCACACGCCGAGAACGUGGGUUUGCGGCUCACCACGGUGCACGCCAGCGCCGGCGCGCUGCUGCAACAACAAGCGGGCGACGACCCACAGGCCAACAGGCUUCUUGAGGUGCUCGCGCGCAGCCUCGCGCAGGUGGCAGCCGAUGGAAGGGGUGCCGCUGCCGCGCAUUGGGAGCGGGAGUACCGUGUGCGUGACGACGGCGCCGUGCUCAUCCCGCGCUUGCGACGGAGCGCGCGCCUCAACCGCGCCGUCCUCCACAGCCACGGCGAGCAGCUCAAGGGCGCUCAGGCUCAUAGCCACAACAUAAAGACCCAGACGUGCCGCUUCCUGGACGGCGCCCGACGUCUCGUUCUGGCCGCCGACAGCAGCGACGAUGUUUUUGUCGACGAGGACGAGGACGAGGGCAAUAUCCUACCGGAUAAUGUCGUCGAGAUUGAGACCCGGGCAUUUGUGCUCUCCGAGUCCGAUGGCCCAUAUGCUUACUGCGGCAAUGUCGCAGGUGCGGGAGGCCCCGCCAAAAUCGGUGUUGGUGACGGUGCAGGCGCUAGCGCUGGCGACGUUGAUGCUCUGCUGCCUGGCACACCUGUCGUUGCGCUCUCGCCAGCUGCCGGUGCCAGCCGCCCGCGCGUGGCCCGUGCGCACAUCGCCCGUCUGCCCCCUGGCGUGCCUGCCGCUGCUGGCGCUGCGCUGUUCCUGCCCACGCUUGCUGCCUGCCACGCUCUGCACAACCUCGCCCGCCUCACGCCCUCGGCCGUUGGUGCAUCGGUUCUCGUCCACAACCCGCUGAGCGAUGUUGGCCGUGCAGCCGUCGCCGUGGCACGGCGCCUCGGUGCGCGCGUCCUCGCCACCGCCGCCGACGCGGUCGCUGCACGGCGCGUCUCGGAGCUGCUCGAGAUCGAUCCGGAACACGUGCUCGUGACCCGCGAGUCGCUCUCGCUCUCCCCCCGCCGCGGGAACCCUGGCUACUUGGCGCCCGGCACCAUCGAUGCCAUCAUCCUAGCCGGCAGUGAGCGGGUGCCGUCCGCCGCCUGGGCUGGCCUUAAACCCUUCGGUGUCGUUGUCGACGCGGUUGGUAAUGGUGCGGCCCCCCGCCGGGUCUCCCCUUCCCUGGCCGGGGAGCUGCAGCCUCAUAAGCUCCCGCCGAAUGCAAGCUUGCACCUGUGCCGCAUCUCCGAUCUCCUGCGCGCCCGGCCAGACAUGAUUGCCGAACUGGUGGCGCGGGCCGGGCCGGCCCUUGCGGAAGUUCCCCUGCGCGGUUUCGACCCGCCCCUGUACGAUGUCGCCCAGCUGGCCGACGCGCGGCGCCUCCUGCGCACUAGCACGGCAUGGGUCGUGAUUGAGGCCGCGCCGAGCUCAUUGGUGCGGGCCUCCGUUGGUCCUCGGCAGCCCAGCGAUGACGAAUUAGUCUCGCACGCGCUGGACCCGGACGGUGCGUACGUCGUCGCCGGCGGGCUCGGUGAUCUCGGCUGGCGGUGGGUGCUGCUGUUGGCGCGGCGCGGGGCGAGGCGCAUCGUCACGCUCUCGCGCCGCCGUGCUGAACCCGAGGAAAUCCGCGAGCGGCAGGCGCAGCUCGAGCAGGAGAGUCCCGCGGGCUGCUGCCAGCUAACCUGCGUCGCCUGCGACAUCACCGAUGAGAGCGCCCUGCGUGCCUCGGUGGCCGCUCUGGUCCGCGAGGGCUUGCCCCCUGUACGCGGCGUCAUCCAAUCCACCUCUGUCUUCAAGGACAGCACGCUGGAGUCGAUCACGUUUGAUGACUUCCGGCUUGUGAGCCAUGUCAAGACGGAUGGCACACUAGUGCUCGAUCGUGUCUUCGCGGGGCCUCAGUUGCAGUUUUUCAUCGCCUUGUCCUCGGCCGUUAAUAUUGUUGGCACCGCCGGUCAGUCAGCCUACAAUGCUGGCAAUGCCGUCAAGGACGCCGUCGCCCGGGCCCGCGGGCCGGGCUACCUAUCGCUGAAUAUCGGGUGGAUCGAGGAUGCCGUGCACACCGUCAGCCACGAGGUGCGCCUACAAGCUAUUCGGCGUGCCGGCUUGAGACCCAUCAGUCAUGCCGAGUUGUCUCGUUUCUUUGACUAUGCGCUUGGGGCAGCCGCCAAGCAUAUUCCUCCUCUGCCCCAGGCCAUCAUCGGCUUUGACACUGGCUCUCUGGCGCGCGCGACCACUCGCAACGGUACUAUGCACUCGGCCCUCUUCUGCCACGUUCGGCAACAAGACAACGCUGCGCCCGCAAAGGAGGCUUCCUUUUCCGCCUCGAAGACCCCUGGCGCCGAGAUGUCUUUGAGAGAGACGAUAGAACGCUGUACGGACCCCGAGGCCGUAAUCCAUCUCAUCGCCCGCGCCAUGGCAGGCCAACUGGUCAAACUCGGGUCUGCCGAUGCCAAGCAGGCGAGCGAGCGGGCCGGCUCCAUCCUCGACCUCGGCCUGGAUUCCCUUGUCGCCAUCGAACUGCGUAACUGGAUCGCCAGAGAGUUGGACGCGCCUUUGCAGACUUCCGAGAUCUUGACGACCCAGACCUUCGGCGACCUGGCCCGAAAAGUCGCGCGGCGCUCGGCUAUCGUCCUGGCGGCCGGUCAACGUGCCCAGGAAACCCGCAGCAGUGCCGACAAAAUGGAAAAGCAAGAGGCAGCAACGCCCCCGCUGUCGAUCGACUCUGCUUCCCCGACGCCCAAUUCGACGAGCACUGUGGCUACCACGGCGCCUAGUCCAACCAGACCCCUGAGCGCGGAGCCUGCCCCUCCCAAGUUGCCCCCCCUCCCGCUCCCGGCACUGGAAGAUACGCUCCGCGCUUUCGAGGACUCCCGCCGAGCCAUUGACUCCGAAAGUGACCAGCGCGAGACAGCGGACGCCGUGAGGGCCUUUCUCGAAGGGCCUGGCCCUGCGCUCCUCCGACGGCUCGAAGCGGCCGGGCCCGACUCCAUUGCAGACGCCUACGAGCGCCAGGUGUACCUGGAGCGUCGCGACUCCACCAUCGAGGCUGACCAGUUUUCCCUAUUCCAUCCCGUCGAAGGCGCGCCUGCACAUUCGCAGGCCAUGCGCGCCGCCGUCUUGACCGUGGCCGCCAUGGAGUUCGCCCGCCGCGUGGCCGAUGGAACCAUGGCCCCGGACACCCUUCACGGCGAGCCAGUCAACUCCGAGGGCCGGGAGUGGCUGUUUUAUGCUACCCGGCUUCCGGCGCCCGGCUUGGACCGGAUGGAGCGCUACCCCCCCAACCACACCGUUGCUGUCCUCCGGCGCGGCCACAUUUUCUUGCUUUCCCUCCCCGAUGGCCAAUCUCCCCUGCAUCUCUCGGCGGUUCGUGCUGCAUUCCAGGAGAUUCUCCGGGCAUCGGAGGAGCCACGUCCGUCCGUCUGCACUCUCACUGCUGACGACCGUGACUCCUGGGCUUCGAUCCGUCGAGAUCUUGAACAAGACCCCAACAACGCUACUACCUUAGCUGCUAUCAGUGCAGCCGCAUUCGUGGUCUGUCUCGAUGACGAGUCUCCGGCCGGCUCCACAGAUCGGUACACACAAUUCCUUCUCAACGGUCUGCGCCGCCCCUUCGCCAACCGCUGGCUCGAUAAGACAUUCCAGCUGGUCGUGACUGCCAACGGUCUGUCCGCCGAGACAUACGAACACGCCAAACUCGAUGGCCUCGAUCCGCGCAGCCUGCACGCCCACCUACUCCGCUCGCUGCAGCAGGAUUCUUGCACCAUUCCUACAGCAGGGUCCUCCUCGGGCGAGGCUAGUCCUAUCGGCAUUCAAGAGCUUACUUGGAACAACAUUAGCCCUGCCGCCCUGCAACGCAUUGAACACAUCCAGGACCGCUGGCGCGCCUUCGGCCCCUUCGACAACCGAGUGGUCGACGUCUCCCGCCUGAGCCUCGACGCCCUCCGGGCCAGCCGUGCGCCGCCCAAUGCGGCCGCGCACUUCACCGCCCUCCUGGCCGUCCACCUCGUCGACGGCGAACCCAGUCCCCGCCCAGCGUGGGAGAACGUCUCUCUGGGCGGCUUCGCCCGCGGCCGCAUCGAGUGGGUGCAGACGGUCUCGGAGGCCACGCGGGAUUUUGUCGUCCAGGCGGCCGCCGGCGCUGCCGCCACCGCCGCGGAUCGCGACCGGUCCGCGCAGCUCCGUGCCCUCUUCGACCGCGCCGCCGCGUCGUACGCGCGUGCCCUCGUCGAGGCCGGCCGCGGCCACGGCGUCGUGGGGCCCAUGUACGCGCUGCACUUCGCCGCCACCAGCGCCGCCGCCGACGACGCGCGGGAGGUCGCAGCAGCGACGGCAGCCGAGCAGAACCUGCCGGCGCUGUUCCGGACGCGCGCCUGGGCGGCCACGCGCCGCGGCGGGCCCGGCCAGGACGUGAAACUCGGGUUCGCGCGCUUCGUGCCCGACGACUUCGACGCUGAGCACUGGGACGCCGGCGGCUUCCUCAUGCAAGGCGAGCGCGGCGUCUACAUCCACUGCGGCGUGCGCAACGGCCACACGAGGUUUUCUGUCUCGGCCAAGCCGGCCUAUGCCGCGAGGGUGGCUGAGGCGCUUGGAAGGGCUGGGGAUAUCGUGGCGGGGGUGUUGGGCUUGGCCUAG